AUGCACUCGAAGGCCAGGUGGAAAGAGGCAACUUUACCGUAUGAGCUAUCUACUGAGGUACCUUUUUAUACUUAUGUUGAACGUACGGAUAAAUAUAAUAUUCACAACUGGUGGGAGUGGGAAAAUGGGACCAUCUGUAUCAUUGAAUUACCUACAAAAUUUCAUGAACGUUGUAUUCGUGCUGUAAGUAAUGAAGUUGCUAUAGCAACUAGAAAUAUGAGGAGCACUAACGUUAGCAUUCUUAAUGAUGGAUCUACAACAACAAAAACUCCUAGAACAGGCAAAAAAGCUGACGACUCAUGGAUACCAGUAGCAAAACCUCGAUUGAUUAGGGGCAGAUGUGACAGAAGUGAUACUCAGCCUUGGCCGAAUCUAAUAAUCGAAGUUGCGUACACACAAUCUGAAGCAGACGUCAGAACAAAAGCCGAAACUUACUGGCUUCAAGCCGGUAAAGCUCAUGAUGUUAUUACAAUUAAAAUAGAUGAACCCAUUGCACUAGCUACAGUUCCUUCAGUGAUGAUGGCUUGGUAUUAUUGUAUAAAUAAUCGAACCGUUACCAGUGCAUUUAAUCCCAUGAUAUAUGAAUUUGGAACUAUUAAUCGUAAUGGAGCUCAGAUCCAACUGCAACCUGGGCAAUGCGUUAUCAAUAUUCAAUUGCUUGCCUCACAGGCCUUAGUUUCCUUCUGUCUCUGCUUGGCGGGUCUUAGAUCUAUCGCAGUGAUCGACAAAUCAGGUCAAAUUUAUCGAUCCUUUUCGAACAUUUUAUCUAUUGAUUUAAUAUAUGCAAACACUUCACUUAAUCCACCCGUUAAGCCAGAAUGUUUAAAAAGAAAUCACGAACCUCCGUUCUUAACAGAGAUAGAUAAAGAUUCUAUCCAAUUGCAUAUGAAUCAACCAGUUUUGUAUUUUAACCCUGAACCCUUUCAAGAUUCAGAACCUUUAUUAGAAGAUUGUAAUGCUAUUUAUGAUAAAUUGAUAGAAACAACAACUAAAGCCCUCGUUCUUCUUCAAGAACAAAAAAAUAGCCAGUAG